AUGUCUCUCAAGAAGCUGGGUCUUGAGCGUGGCGAGAACCAGAUAAUCACUCAGCUCAAUGGUCAAGUGAAGCGGAAGAAGAUCAACAAGUUGGAGAAAGAGCGAAUGGUCUCGAACUUGGUAGCGUCAUGCGAUUAUUCGGCCAUGAAAAACUCUGAUAUUGUCAUUGAAGCGGUAUUCGAAGAUCUGGCCCUAAAGCACAAAGUAAUCAAGCAAAUUGAGGGAAUAGUUGGUCCUAACACAAUUAUUGCAUCAAACACGUCCGCUCUUCCCAUAAAGGAGAUUGCCAAGGCGUCUGCUCGUCCGGAGAAGGUGAUUGGUAUGCACUAUUUCUCCCCCGUAGACAAGAUGCAACUUCUGGAAAUCAUCGUUCAUGAUGGAACGUCAAAGGAAACCUUGGCCACUGCUGCUCAACUAGGAUUGAAACAGGGCAAGCUUGUGGUGGUCGUGAAGGUAACGAGUGUUUCACCUUGGAUUUUCGCGAGUUUCUCUAUAAAUUCCAACGAAUGUGGUAAUCAGGACUGUCCUGGUUUCUUUGUUGUACGCUGUCUUGGUCCAAUGAUGUCGGAAGUUAUUCGUAUGCUGCAAGAAGGCGUCUCACCCCUAGAAUUGGACAAACUCACAAAACAAUUCGGAUUCCCCGUUGGAGCAGCAACAUUGGCCGAUGAGGUAGGAUUAGAUGUAUCCGCACAUGUUGCACAAUUCCUUGGCCAAGCACUAGGGCCACGAGUUCGUGGUGGGUCUGCUGAUUUGCUGACUGACAUGAUCAACGCCGGAUUCAAGGGCAAAAAGACAAACAAAGGUAUUUAUGUUUACACGGACAAAGGUAAGAAGAAGGUAAACGAAGAGUCGACGAAACUUCUUCAGAAGUAUCAACUGAAGGCACCAGCAGAUUGCUCUUCGGUAGCAGAUCAACAAAUACGUCUGGCUUCUCGUUUCGUCAACGAGGCUUUGCUCUGCCUAGAAGAAGGUGUUAUCGCCAGCCCGAGUGAUGGAGAUAUUGCGUCGGUAUUCGGCGUUGGUUUCCCACCAUUCUGGGGUGGACCAUUCCGUUUUGUCGAUCUGUAUGGUGCACAGAAGCUGGUCACUGCCAUGGAGAAAUUUGGCGCUGCCUAUUCUGCCGAGCAGUUUGCUCCAUGCCAACUUCUCAAGGAUCACGCCAAGAGCGGAAAGAAGUUCUAUCAGUAA